AUGAUCAAGGAGUUCACUACCGCCUCGAUCAACUUCCAGAAGAUCUGCCACCUUCGCCUCAACCUUCUCUCAUGGCAACCCAACAACACCGAAUUUGCCGCCUUCCACGUCAUUGAAGCCUUCAACCUCGCCAUUGCACAAGGAAUUGUGCGCAAGCUCACCAAUGACUACGAUGACCAAACUGUCGUCAACUACAUUGACGGAUAUCUUGGUACAACAUACCAAGCACUCUGCCCCGUUCCCAACUGGAACCCACCUGCUGCCGACUCACUUCCACCACCACCGCCAACAACCACAAUGACUAUGAUGACGACCUCGUCAACCAUGGACAACAUUGCUGCUGCCUUCUCACCAUUGACCUCGUCUUCCACACUUUUGUCGACCGCCACCGCCACCACCUCCAUGUCGACUGCAACACCCUCGACGUCAUCGACUGUCACCCCAGCCAACACCCCCACGACACGCCCUCUUCCUGCAUACCUCUCCAUCACGGCUUGUGCCUGGCGUCUUCAACUCACCGCCCAACAUAAGGACAUCUGCCACACUUGUGGUGAUGAAUCCUUCUAUCACUGGUCGUGUGACUGUGCGCAGUACAUCUGCCAGUCCUGCAACACCGCCACACCUGGACACACCACCCCUUGGUGCCCUCGAUGCGACAAUGACUUUGAUGACAGUCUUGACCACGAGCUUGAUUGGGAUGACGGAAUUUACGACCUUGUCAAUGAAGGCAAUGGUUAUGGCGAUUAUUAG